AUGAUGCUGAUGGAGCCUGUACCUUCCUUCCUCCAGCCCUCUCUCCUUCUAAAUGAUAUAAAGUCUUUGAGUAUAAUAUACCACAGUCAAAAGAUUACAAUGGGGGACAACCUAAUCUACUCAGUACGGAGGACUAGUGGUCUGUCUUUGAUGCGUGGACUGGGAACCGACUCAACAGUUCUUUUCGAGAUACCAAAGGAGAAUCCUUGUACUGUUUUCCAGUUCAGUAAUGACGGGCAUAUUUUCGCUUACUGUGAUUCGAAAAGAACCCGUGCUUUCCAAAUAGCAACUGGAAAGGAUGUGAUCAGUGUUGACUUGAAAAGAACUAAGUGUAUUCUCUUCUCACCACGUGACACUCAUAUGAUAACUUUUGAACCGUACACUAUUUACGGUCAGAAGACGUGUCCUACCCAAAAGCCUGAUCCGAACAUGAGAGUUUAUAAUCUUUUGGAGGGCAAACAUGUGACUACAACAGUUGCCGCCAGAGAGGCAACGUGGAUGCCGCAGUUUACUGAUGAUGAAAGUGUAGCUGUUCGUCUUGUUGGUUGUGAACUUCUAAUUUAUAGCGGCUGUCACUUAGAACACUAUGACCGGAAGCUUAUUGUACCGAGUAUUACCGCUUUCGCAGUCAGUUCCGGUAACACCCCUCACCACGUAGCCUGCUAUACUCCAGCUAUCGGUUCUACUCCAGGACGUGUACAGAUUCGAAGUCUUGAAGCUCCAUUUGCUGUCGUUGCCGCAAAAAAUUUCUUCAAAUCAGAAAAAGCUACCCUUCUUUGGAACUGCAAAGGAAAUGCUCUUAUUGUGUUAUCCAGCAGUGAAAUAGAUACGUCAAACCAGUCGUAUUACGGUGAACAGCAUAUAUAUCUUCUGAAUUUGACCACUCAAGACUCUUUUCAAGUAACCGUGCGAAAGCAGGGCCCUAUUCAUGCAGCGAAGUGGAAUCCAAGUGGAAGAGAAUUCUGUGUGUGCCAUGGAUUCAUGCCAGCUAUGGUAACCUUGUACAAUCUUCGCGGAGACGAAACGUUCCAUACAAAUGAAGGGCCUCACAAUGACGUUUCCUACAAUGCAUUUGGAAAUGUGCUAUUAAUUUGCGGUUUCGGCAACCUUGGGAAAGGGAAAAUGGAAUUUUGGGAUGUAGAAAAAAAAAAACAAGUUGCUGCGAUUGAAGUUCCGAACACCACAUUAUUCGAAUGGGCUCCUGAUGGUCAGCACUUUGUAACCGCUACCACAACGCCUCGUCUUCGCAUGGAUAAUGGUUACAGUCAAGUAUUCGGCACUGAAGCCCCUUCUGAGCGGUCUGUGCGCACCUGGUUCCAGCUCUUCAAAGCUGGAAACAAGAAACUCGAAGAUGAGCCUCGCUCUGGUCGACCGACUGCAAUAUCGUUCGACGAACUGAAGAAUCUGGCGCAGCAGCAUCCAUAUGAAGUGGCUCCCUCAUGCACUGAGCGACGGCAACCGCCAAAAACACCUGGACAUCUGCACUCAGCUGCUCUCCAGAAGCCGCAGAUUCGAGUGGCUGGACACCAUUGUAACUGGAGAUUAAAAAUGGGUCCUUUAAGUCAACCACGCCCACAAACGUGCGUGGUGCGCUGCGAUGAAAUGCCGGAUAAUUUCUUGAAAGGUGAAAUCCAUGAGAAGGUCAUGCUGAGCGUCUGGCGGGUAGUUCAUGGAACCUACCGUUUCGAACUGCUGCCGGACAACACAUCAGUUACUGCCGAGGUCUAUUACGCUCAAAUGCAAAGACUGGCCGACAAGAUCUGCAAGGAGCACCCGAAGCUCGACAUCGUUCGCCUGCUGCACGAUAACGCGCGGCCUCACAUCGCGAAGUAG